AUGGGGAUCGACGAGGAGUGGUUCAAGGGACUGCGCGUCAAGGACCUGCGCGAUGAGCUGAAGAAGCUCUCCCUGCCGACCACGGGCCGGAAACAGGAGCUCCAGGACCGGCUCCGCGAGGCCCUGGAGCAGCCGGACGAGGGGGGGAGUCCCAAGGAGGCGCCGGCGCAGGAAGAAGCCUCCCCAAGCGAGCCGGAAAAGGACGACGAGCCCGGGGCGAAGCGCAAAGCCGAAGAGCCGCCCGAGGACGAGCCGAAGCGCGAAACGAAACGCCCCGCCGUCAAGCGCGUCGAGGCGUCGUCGUCGCCGUCCGAGCCGCGCCCCGCGUCCCAACGCAGCGGCUCCCCCGACCAGCAGUCUGCCCCGCCAGCCUCCGACGCGGCCGCCGAGGCGCCUGCGGCCAAGCCGAGCCCCGCCGCGGAGCCCAAGAAGGCCCGCUCGCCUUCGCCGCCGCCCAAGCCGGCCGCCAAGGAGCCCACGCCCGCCCGCAAGCCCGGGAGACCAUCGCGUACGCCGCCGGCCGCCAAGGCGCCGGAGCCCGCGGACGACCGUGCGGAGCGCGGCAGCCCCGCUGGCAAAGCCCAGGCCGGCUCUCCGGAGCCGGCGCGCGACGCGUCGCCGAGCGCGGACGCGGACGCGGACGUCCCGCCGGGGGCGACGGUCGCGGUGCGCAUCGACCGCUUCGUCCGGCCGCUCACGGAGCCGGCGGUGCGCGCAGAGGUCGAGCAGUGCGGCAAGCUCGUCGGCUUCUGGAUGCCGCGCGUCAAGACGCACUGCUACGCGGUCAUGGCGACGGCGCGCCAGGCCGCGGCGGUGGUGCGCCUGAUGGACGGCCGGCGCUUUCCGGACACGCGCACGGACAAGCGCGUCCUCGCCGCGGCGUUCGUGGACCCGAAGGUCGCCGAGCUCGCCAUCAGCGCGCAGCGCGACCCGGAACCAAAGGAGCUGGCCGAGCUCGGGAUCGAGGCGCGGAAGGGCGCGCGGGCCGCGGAGGACGAGGACGGGAAGGAGGCGCUGCACCCGCGCGGCGGGCUGCUGAAGGGCGCGAUGGCGGACGCGAUGGCGUCGGCGAAGCGCGCUGCGGAGCGGAAGCGGGCGGAGGAGGCGCAGGCGGCGGCGGAGGAGGCGCGGGGCACGGAGCGGAAGGUGACGAUGGAGGGCGGGGAGGGGAACGGCGGCGGCGGCGACGGCGAGGCGGUGCUGAGCGUGGACGACUUGUUCAAGUUCACGAAAGAGGCGCUGCCGAAGAUCUACUGGGUGCCCGUGAGCGCGGAGGCGGAGGAGGUGAACCGGAGCCACCGGCUGAAGGUCGAGGCGCGCAACGCAGAGGUCCGCGCGCGGCGGGAGCGCGCCCACGAGGAGCACCAGAAGGCGAUACAGGAUGCGCGCGCGCGUGCGAUCCGCGAGAACGAGUCGCGGAUCAAGGUUGUUUCGCGGGACGCCCCCCGGGACGUGUCGCGGGCGUACGGCCGCCGGGGGGGUGAGACGUCGCGGUGGGUGCAGUGCAAGUCAGUGAAGCUGCGGGGCUAG